CGCGGCAUCUCGUCCAAACAAUCCAAAGUGCACCCGUAGAUUAAAUAUAGCAGCUUUAACCAACUUCUCAGCUUUAAUCGUUUAUCAAAGCUUAUGGUUCAAUAUCUGUUUUCCGUUGACGGCUUGGAUCACGAAAUUGAUCUUUGGACUUACGCUUUUGGCUGUUGGCAGGCUUCUGUUUUAUUUAUCGAAUGAAGAAUCCGGAGAUGCUGGUUUCUUCAACUGUCUCAAAAAAGGUGUCGUGGAAUUUGAACUGGACACGGUGAAAGAAAUUGAUAAUGCGGUCUAUGAAAUAGAAAAAGAGACAAAUAAAGCAGUCAUGAGAAUACUAAAAGAAAAAUACAAUGAUUAUGAAAAGGACCUUUUAAAAUUAAUAAAAGAAGGAUACGAAGCAGCUGACAAAAUGCAAGUUGAAAGGAAAGAAGUAAUCAAGAAAAUACAAGAAGAAAGGGUCAAAGCAGUCGAUAGAGUACUGAAAGAAAUAAUCAGGGGGAAAGAUGACGACUUCCUUCCAAAAACUUCAAAAGUAGAAAAAGUAAUUGAUGAUAGAUUAAAAAAAGAAAAAGAUGACGCGGACAAAGAAAUAAAAAAAGAAAAAGAUGACGCGCUAAAUGAAAUAAAAGAAAAAGCAGGAGUUGAGAUAGACACUGAAAAAUUGGAUGUAGUAUCUUCAGAUGUUUAA